GAUCCGAAAGAUAAUCGAAAAACUUCUUUCCUUGCGCAAAAAAGGAAAAUAAAAACAAAUAGAAACAUCUAUUGACUCAAAAAACUACGACAUCGUCUGUCGAGACGACUUCAAGUGUGUGCAAUAUCGUAAAAACUCUCAAUUGAAUUAAACUUUCGCAUCUAAAGAGGUGCUCCUGAAAAAAAAAUAAAUUUUCUGGUCAGCAACAAAGAACUCAAAACAAUGGCAGAUGAUCAAUCCGAAAACUCAACGGAACUCCGUCAUCGCAAAGUCGAGGCACAAGACUCGAAUGAACCGGUGAGCGCGAAAGAAAAUGUCUCGACAACGGCAGAAAAUUCCGAAGGCGUGGAUUCAGAUGACGACAGGAUUCCCGAUGAGAAAUUCAUCGAAGAUUUGUCCAAAACCGUGCCUCAGGGCACCGAUAAGACGCCCGAAGUUCUCGAAACGGCAUUGCAAGGUGUUAGUCCAAGAUGGAAAAAUUGGAUUAUCCGCGGCAUUUUUACUACUUUAAUGAUUUGCGGCUUCGGUUUGAUAAUUUAUAUGGGUCCCUUUGCAUUGAUGAUCACGGCCUUGCUCGUUCAAGUAAAGUGCUUUGAGGAAAUUAUUUCGAUCGGUUACAGCGUGUAUCGUAUUCAUGGCUUACCGUGGUUCCGAUCGCUUUCAUGGUAUUUCCUCCUGACAUCGAAUUACUUCUUUUACGGCGAAAAUCUCGUCGAUUACUUUGGCGUUGCCAUAAAUCGUGUGGAUGCCCUGCGAUUCCUUGUCGCCUAUCACCGUUUCAUCUCCUUCUGCUUGUACUGCAUCGGCUUCGUGUGGUUCGUCUUGUCGCUCGUGAAGAAAUAUUACAUGAAGCAAUUCAGUCUUUUUGCAUGGACUCACGUCGCGUUGCUGAUUGUCGUGACACAAAGUUAUCUCAUCAUCCAGAACAUCUUCGAAGGCAUGAUUUGGUUCAUUGUUCCCGUUGCGAUGAUUGUUUGCAAUGACGUCAUGGCAUACAUGUUCGGAUUCUUCUUCGGCAAAACGCCUCUCAUCAAGUUGAGUCCGAAAAAGACGUGGGAAGGUUUUGUCGGCGGCGGAUUGUCAACUGUCGUGUUUGGCAUCUUUUUCUCGCAAUUUUUGUGCCAAUUUCAGUAUUUCGUGUGCCCGAUCGAGUAUAAUGAAGCCGAGGGGAAAAUGGAUAUGGAAUGUGAGCCGAGUUCGACUUUCAGACCUGCAAAUUUAGUCAUUGAAUUUGGCGCCAUUUCGAAUAAGCUCACGAUUUAUCCGUUUGUCUUGCAUUCGCUUUCGCUUUCGCUCUUCAGUAGCAUCAUUGGACCAUUUGGCGGCUUUUUCGCAUCCGGAUUUAAAAGAGCGUUCAAAAUUAAGGACUUUGGAGAUGUUAUUCCGGGACACGGAGGCAUCAUGGAUCGCUUCGAUUGUCAAUUUUUAAUGGCUACUUUCGUAAAUGUCUAUAUUUCAAGUUUCAUUCGUACAGCGUCGCCACAAAAACUCUUGUCUGAGGUCUACAAUUUGAAGCCCGAACAACAAUUACAACUUUUCAAUCAGCUGAAACAAAGUCUUGAAGGUCGGAACAUAUUAGAACUGAAUUAAAGUAAAAUCCUUGUAGACUAAUUGAGUGACUGUUACUAAAAAAAAUUAUCAAACCCGUAACUAAAAAAAUUAAUUAUAUUUUAAUGACGAAUGAAUUGAAACUUGCUUUAUAUAAUAAUUAUUUUUAAUAAUUGUUUUAGUCAAAUAUUUCUGUUUUUUAUUAUUAUUAAACAUAAAAAAAUUAAUUUUGAUCGAGAUAGGGAUCAAAAUCGGAAGAGAAUGAAUGAAAAUAAAUUAAAACUUAGUCGUAAUUGGAUGUAGAGAUAUUUAAGAUGGAGAUAGAAAAAAAUAUUUGUAAUCGUCAUAAAAGCAUACAUGGAAAUAUAUUUAUUGUUGUUACCAAUAUAAAAUAUAAUUAAAUAUUAAUUAAUUAAUUAAAAUAGAUUUUAAGCAUAAUUUACCUGUUUCAAGUGUUUGGAAUGGCUUAAUGGGCAUUAUUUUAAAUAUUCUUGUUUGUUCGUUGUUUUCCUAAUUUUUAUAUGA